GUUUAAGAAAAUAUCUCAAUUCCUUAGCCAGAAAUCAAGCUAGUUUGCCUUGCAUUAUUUGGAUUUCUUACCGAAAAAUUCUUAGUAAUGAAUCGCAGGGUAAAAUUAAUGAUUUUAAAUUAUCCGGACUUAGAAUCUGUAAUUAUCAAGACAAACAAAACUUAUUUAUAGAUAAGUGGGAUAUUAUUAUAGUUCAAGUUGAGAGCCUUUCUCGUAUAGAGUUCUUAUCCCAUUCGAUUGUAGCUAUUUUAGAUGAAAUUAAUGCAAUUAAUCACCAAAUGAGUAGUGCUUAUCGUGAUAAAAAUAUUCGAGUGAUUGAUAAUAAAUUUCAACCUCUUGUAGUUAAAACUGUUGAGUACCUUUAUGAUCCAAAUAGCAGGGCUGAAGCUAUGCGAAUAGAAUAUGAGUUGUUACAUAGGGCAAGCGUUACAAUAGAAGCAGGCAUAUCUUUUGAAAAGACUGAUCAUUUUGAUGCAGUUAUAGGAAUUACAAAUAUUGUAACUCCAGUUAAUGUUAAAGCCUUUAUUCAGAUGAUGUUUCGGAUUCGUGAUUGUAAAAAGCGCAUACUAUUCCUCUAUUAUCAAAAAAAUUCCAAUAAGCUUUUUCGCCCAGCAGGUUAUAAAAAUAUUUGUGCUGAACUCGAAAGUGCUAGGCCUAAUGAUUUGCCUACAGCAAUAAGAGGCCAUUAUGAAAACCGAGGAGUUAUAGGAAAUCGUAAAAGGAUUCGCAAUGAGGUUAGGAUUAAAGCAUUAAUUAUCAAGGAAACAGAUUUUGAUGCAGUUGCUACUUUCCGAAAUCUUGAUCCUGAAGAAGCUGAAAAUCUUAAGUUUGACCAAGAGCACUCUAUUCCAGAUACUAUGACACUUAAACGUUUCUAUAUGCGAAAUAUUUAUGAUGCUAAUGAGAAUAUUGAGAAAUCAGUAGCAGAAGACUUGCACAAAUCAUAUUCAGCUAAUCAUUGGAAGGCUAUAAGAGAACUCUUUCAAAUACUAGGCUUUACUGGUAUAGAUGAUAAGCGUAUCCUUUCUGGUAAUAUGGUAUCAGAAACAUUCACGCAAUCAUGUGAAAAGUUUAUAGAAAUUCGAA